ACGAGGACGAGGACGGAGAUGGCGCGCCUCUGUUCGGUGGCCGUGGUGGGCGCUCUGGGGCUGGUGCUCCUGGGCUUCCUGGGUCUGCGGGCCGGCCCAAUCCCUGCACAAGCGGGGCGAGGCUACGGCCCGGGCGGCCAGGCGUACGGGUAGAGUCCAUUCCCUAAAUUUUGUCCACCGGCUCGGCCUUUGCUUUCCGAGGUCUAUUGUGAGCGUCAUUACGAUGCGUGAAGACCUGCCGCUGGAUGGGUCCCGGCCCUCUGCUAGACCUGCCAACGCCAAUGGCAGCCAGCGACCGGCGAGGCGCGAUUCGCUGGGGCAGCGUGCGGAGGCGGACGGAUGUCUCGGCAGGUCUAGGCAAGGGAUUCGACCCUUUUAAUGAGCGUAACCCUGCCGUUUAUGACGGCAACAAAGCAAGCGGUGCGAUUGUUUCCAAUUCCUUUGCCGAGCCGGUGGACAAAAUUUAGGGAAUGGACUCUACGCGACGGUGCGGCCCGGCGCGCACCUCUUCUACUGGCUGUACUACGCGGGGGGCGGCGCCUCGCCGGCGGGGCGGCCGCUCGUCGUGUGGCUGGAGGGCGGGCCCGGCGCCGCCGCCUCCUCGUACGGCAACUUUGGCAAGCUGGGGCCGCUGGACCCCGCGGGGAGGCCGCGCAACGCCAGCUGGCCCCGUGGCCACAGGGUACAGCUACGUCGACUCAGCGGCUGCCCUGGCGCGAACCAACCGCCAAACGAGCCUCGACCUGGUCGAGUUGAUGCGCCAGGUCCUGGAUCGUCUCCCGGAUCUCAGGACCGUGCCGUUGUACAUUUUCGGCGAGUCCUACGGCGGGAAGGUGGCUGCCGAGUUUGGGCUGUGUCUCUAUCGGGAAAUUGCGAACGGCCGACUGGCGGCCAACUUAAAAGGGGUUGUGAUGGGUGACUCUUGGCUCUCCGGAGUGGAUCACGUCGAGUCCUGGUCGCCCUAUCUGUUUCACCUGGGCCUGCUCGACAGCCGCGGGAAGUCCCAGCUUGCCGCGGCGGCCGCUAGAGCGCGCGCAGCUGCCGAGGCCGGCGAGUGGCGAUACGCCACGAGUCUGUGGUCCUCGACGUGGACCAUGAUGUCCAACCUGACCGAGGGGGUCAACAUUUACAACUUUAUGGUCCCAGCCAAAGCCGAUGGCAAAAAGGGGGGCAAACCCGCCGUGCCGUGCGGGUCCGCCGAGCUGAUGAACGGCGAGGUGCGGCGGGCGCUGGGGCUGCCGAGCACGGUCCUGCACCAGAACGACAACAGCCAGGUGUUCGUGGCGCAGUACGACGAGUUCAUGAAGCCCGCCACCGAGGCCAUGGAGGGUCUCCUGGGCCAGACGGACCUCGACGUGCUGGUCUACGCCGGACAGUGCGACGUCUUCACCAAUAUGGCGGGUACCAUGGCGUGGCUGGACCGCCUGAGCUGGCCGCUCGCCGAGGCGUUUCGCGCCGCGCCCCGAAGCCCUCUGAUCGUCGGCGGGGAGGUGGCGGGCGCCCUCCGACGGGUGGGCCGCCUGACCGCGCUCUGGGUUCACCGAGCCGGCCACAUGGUGGCCACCGACUACCCCGCCGCGGCCGCGGCCAUCCUGAAGCUCGCCACCAACAGCAGCACUCCAACGAGUGGGUGCACCGGCCGUGUGUCAGGGCCACGACACAACAGUCAGCGGGCUUGCCUACCCUCCUGGGGGCCAUGGCGCAUUCCGCAUACUGUUGUGCCGUAGCCCUGAGCCCUGACACGCUGUGUGUGUACAAAGUACAGAGAGGAAUACACAAAAACAAACACUAAAUGAUAAAACUCGUCAUUUAUUUUAGAACGCGAUCGAUAAUAAAGCAUUCCGGUAAAGCUAAAAUGCAGAAGAAUGGAGGGAACAAGAAAACGGAAGUCACAUGUUAAAGCAUAGCGAGUUCCGUUUUCUUUUUUCCCGCAUUCUUCACCGUUUUAGCUUUACCGGAAUGCUUUAUUGAUUAACUAGUUCAUAAAUCACAAACACCGAUUAAGCGUCUACAUUGUUUCCUGUUUUCUUGUUUAGCCCAGUGACCCUCUUGAGCACCUCGAUGGAGGCGGCGGGGUUGUCGGCGGGGACCUGAGGGAAUAGGUAACGGAUGCGAUAAGUCUCCCCUGAGUGACUGCGCGCGAGGCGAGGCAAGGCUUCCUCUGUGCGCUUACCAUGUGGCCUGCCCUGCUGAUCCAGUAGAAUGCGAGCCGACUAGUAUCCUUGACGAAUCCCUCGAUGAUGUUGUCGACUACCAACGGUUCGCGAGUUGCCUGGUUUACCCAGAAGUCACCCAUCUUCCAGUGGAGUCGCUCGACCCACGCCAGGGUGCCUGAAACAAAAGUAUACAAUAAUAAAAUGGUGUUUUCCCCGUCUGAAAAA